CGUGCCAGUCGCCGUGUCUCGUUCUCGUUAGCCGUCAGUGGACGCCGUCCGUCUCUCCUUCCGCACGCACUGGUCUGCUCCGCCGAUAACUCUCUGAAGAAUGCUCCGAGCUAUGGCGGCUACAGCUGCGGCUCGUCGCGUGGCAGCUCUAUCAGUCCCCGAGGCUGCCGGCUCAGGCUACUAAUCUCUCAGCGCCAGGGCCUGGCGGGUGCCGCAGGCCAUCCUUUCGACGAAAUGGCGGCGCUGGGCCAACUGGGCAAUGGGCGGCUGCGUCUGUGUGGCCUGAAACGGCUCGUUUCCGUAGCAAGAGCUGCGAAAGGAGUGUUGCUGGAGGAUGUCAGAGGAAGGGGAACAAGGCGAAGGUUGUCUCCUCCCCAUCGAGUGCGGGAGGCUAGCAUUCUCCUAGGAUUUGGGAUGGGUUCUAGCUUGUUAGUGGGGGCUGGAAAAAUUUGGAAUCCUAAAUUUGACCUACGUCAAAAAUCUUUCUAUUCAACGGAGGCCUCUCCUGAUGAAGUUGAAGUGAGGGAUAAUUUCUUGAAUGACCCAAGAAUAAGCGGGGAAAUCUAUAGUGUUCACAUUGUUAAAUUGUGCAAGGAUGGCAACCUUUCGUCUAUUCCCGAAUUAUUGGUAACCUUGCACGAGAAGGGUGUCUUCUUAGACUUGAAAACGUACAAUCUUCUUUUGGCAGCAGCAUCUGAGAAAGGCGAAAUCAAUAUGUCAUGUCAAGUUUUUAAGCAUCUAGUGGGGUCCCAUGAAUAUUUGAGUUCAGCUUCUUACCUUGCCCUCGCCAAAGCAUUUCUCAAGACAUCUGAUUGCACGAAGCUCCUCAAAUUUAUCAAGGAAGUAGUGGAGCUGACAUUACACAGAAGCUCGAUAAUUUUGAACAGGAUCAUAUUAUCUUUUGCCGAGUCUCGACAGAUUGACAAAGCUCUGUUCGUGUUCAACCAUAUGAAUGGUCUGAAAUGUAAACCCGAUCUUUUCACUUGUAACACCAUCUUGGACAUGCUGGGUCGUGCUGGUAGUGUUGAUGAAAUGCUUUAUGAGUUUGCUGCAAUGAAGGAAGCCAGUAUCGCACCUGAUAUUCUAUCCUAUAAUACCUUAUUAAACAGCUUGCGCAAGGCUGGGAGAUUUGAUAUGUGUGAAGCAAUUUUGAAGGAAAUGGAAGGAAGUAGUGUUGAACCGGAUUUGCUUACUUACACUGCACUUAUUGAGACAUUCGGUCGCUCAGGAAACAUUGACCAAUCGCUUAGACUCUUCAGUGAGAUGAAGCUGAGGCAGAUCCGCCCCUCCCUGUAUAUUUACCGGUCACUGAUCAACAAUCUCAAGAAAAUGGGGAAGGUGGAUCUGGCUAUGACUUUGGCUGAGGAGAUGGAAUCAUCCAUUUCUGAACUUGCAGGGCCACAGGAUUUCAAGCCUAAAAAGCGUAGAUAAAAUUUCAAAUUCUGGUCUUCUCUAUAGUGAUUAUCUGAUGCUUGGAACCUGGCCAACUGACCUGAUGUGGAAAUAACCAAUUGAUACAGUGGAGGCUUGCAAAUGCUAGAUCUGAUGUGGCUAGUCAGAAGAUCACUGAAGAGGUCAAGAGAAGUUUGUUAUCUGCUUGGGAGAUCCUCAGAAAGUUACAAUAUUCUGUGGUACAGAAGAAGCUGCAGCUCGAGAGAGAGAGAUGAAGGUUAACUGCAUUCUCCACUCUCAAAUGAAGCUGCUGGAAGACUGAGGAGAUGUGGAGAGGCAACACUGGUUCGCAAUCUCGGACAUUGCCUGGAGUCUCUACUUUGUUCAUUUGCAGGAUUCCGUUAAAAGAUGGCGCAGAGGGAAAAAAAGAUGGAAAAUGCUGUAUGAUGAUUCUAGUUCAUAUGUCUGGAGGAACUUCAACUGAGAUCUUUCUCGGUCAUAGCUGACCCGAUGACGACUUCCUACGCACUUUGGCACGGAUCAGACCUCACAUCAUCUUGAUCAAGUCAUUUCUAAAUGGCUUCACGUGCUUUGCGAGCAUCGCUGCUUCCGUCCCAUUGCUAUUGGAGUUUGUGGAGGUAGUAGCCCAGGAAAAGCUGCUGGUAGAGUUGCUUGGAACUUCUUAGGAUCAUAUCCCUGUUUAUGGUCUGUGAUGGGCAUAUCAAAGAGAGGAACUCGGCGUGUGCAAUACUUCAACUGGGUUUGCGCCAGCAACAGCAUUAACUGACAUGUAGAGAUGCAUUCAGAUUCAACUUCGGCUUGUAUUAGUAGCUUCCAGAAUCUGACUGACAAGUUUAAUGGCUAGAAAUGAAUGCAGACUGAUAGUAGGAGAGCUGCAUCAUGUUUUAACUGCUCCGGUGCCUGACCGGAACUGCAUCCAAAUGGCCGAUGCAAUCAAGUUAAGCUGAUUGUAAGCCGAAUAUAUAGAAAAUUUGUAAAGCAGCGCGCACGUGCACCAUCAUGUAAGUUACUGUUAAAACACUUCUAAGUUGGUGGUUUUAAUAACUUUUCGUGUCAACAUGAAUGGUGGUUUUCUGGUUUCGGAGUUAUUUUGUUGUAAAACAAACAACAAAUUGAACCCCAGGCUUUGACCUAAUCUAUAUCGGCUACAUGAUCAAUCUUCCAUCAUCGAUUCCGACUGUGUUACGACAAAGGUUAUUGAGUUGAGAGGCUCAGAGGCAGAAUAAUCAUUCUUUUCACCCAUAUGAAACCAUGGGGUGGCAAAUUUGAAAUAGAGAACAAACUUCAGGGUGUAAAUUGCAAUUAAACCAAACGUUCCAGGGGAAGGAACAAAUGCGACGUCGUCAGCACUUUCAUUGCCAUGUCCAGCCCUGUCGCCGUUCAGUCUUCGGUGUCUCGUUCUCGUCGGUGGACUCUGUGCGUUUCUCUUGGCGAACGCACUGAUCUGCUUCUCCGAUAGCCCUCCGAAGAAAGCUCCGAGUUAUGGCGACUGCACUGGCGGCGGCUGCGGCUCGUCGAGUGGCGGCUCUAUCGUCCCCGAGGCUGCCAGCUCAAGCUGCUAGUCUUGCUCAGCGCCGGGGCAUGGCGGGUGCUGCAGAUCAUCAUGGCCCUCCCAAAGUUAACUGCUGGCAAGAUCCUAUGAACCCGUCCAAAUGGAAGGAAGAGCAUUUUGUGAUAGUCUCUCUGUCUGGUUGGGGUCUAGUUCUUUUUGGGGGGUACAAGUUCUUCACCAGGGGCAAAGGAAAGAAGGAAGAGAUGAGCUUGAGACCAUACGGACAAUUUGUGCAAUAAGGUGUCUCAGAAGGCUUCAUGUGCAUUGCUGGACGUUAUCUUGAUUGUUCUAGACCACUUCCGGUCAAUCAAUGAUCUAAUUUAUGAUAGACAUUGAUGGGUUACUUUGGCAGAUGGUACUCGAGCCGUAGGAAUUGUUGUCCCUACACAUUUUCUAAUCAUUGUUCGAUGCUAAGAUCCAUUCAGUAGGUCUUAUCCCUUGUUUCAAGAGAUGAGAAUCAUUGCUCUUGAAUUGGCAUUUGUGUUAUUAUCAGGCUGAUUCAUGAGAAGGUUGCUGAGGUUGUGGAAA